AUGAGGCGUCGUCAUUUAGCAUACUCUGUGUUUAAAACAACAUAUCGUUACAUUCAAACAAUGGCUGACGGUAUCGAUUUAACAACAUGUAUUAUAAAAGAUCAUUUCAUGACGAUUGUAUAUUUAGUUCGUAGCGGUUUACAAAAAUUAGUUGGCGCUCAAUUGGUCUAUGGAUAUGGUAACCAAGGUGCAAGUCAUUCAAAUUUGCCUUCUACAGAUGCGUCACAGAAAAGUAAUUUAAUUCAACGAAUGAUUAAAGAUAGUUUCGAUGAGGCCAUUAUACCAUUAGGAUCUGAUGUGGUGUUACGUGAACGUUACGUUAACUUUCAUAACAAAGUUCGAUUCGGUCGUAUGUUGGAAGAUUUAGAUACAAUAGCGGUUCAUAUUGGUUAUAAACAUAAUGAACCUCAACUAAUGACGUCAAGUGGUGGUACCGAAGCUUAUCAUCCUCUAGCUAUUGUCACAGCUGCAGUCGAUAGAAUAGAAGUCGAUGUAGCUCAUAUGGAUAUUGAUCGUGAUAUACGAUUGAGCGGUUUUGCAAGCUAUGUAGGAAAAUCAUCAAUGGAGGUUAAAUUAAAAAUCGAUCAAAAUCAUGAUGGGCAAUGGAAACAUGUAUUGCAUGCCUUAUUUGUAUUAGCUGCACGUGAUCCAAAAACAAAAAAUUCAGCUCCAAUGAAUCCUUUAAUUGCGUCUAAUGAUGAGGAGAAAAAGAUUAUCGAUCAAGGAAGAAUCAAUCGCGAUCGUCGCUUAACAGAAUCGGCAAAAUCAUUAUUUAAGAUGGCUCCAGAUCCAACUGAAAGUUCACUUGUACACGAACUUUUUUUGAAAACAAUAACACCAAACACAUCCAUCUUUCGUACAAAUCCGCUACCAGAAAAUUCUAUUUGGAUGGAAGAUACACAUCUCCAGAAUGUUCUCAUUUGUCAUCCAGAAAAUGGCUAUGACCAUUUUUUGAAUAAUUCAAAGACAAAAAGAGAUCGAGAUCUGCGUGCAAACAUAGGUUAUCGACCACGCUCAACCUUGUGCAAACAACCCAUUGGUAUAUUAGCUGUUGAUGAUAUUAUGUUUCAAAAACCAGUUGAGAUUGGCUCACUAUUAUUUUUGUCAUCAAUGGUUGUCUAUGUAACUGAUUCACGAAUUCAAACGCGUGUUCAUGCAGAAGUUGUUGAUUCUGAAACGGGGAAUCGUCAAACAACAAAUGUUUUUUAUUUUGUAUUUUCAACUACAGAUCAUAAGCAAUUACCAAGUGUUGUGCCAAAAAGUUAUGCAGAAGCCAUUAUGUACAUUGAUGGUAAACGACAUAUUGAUUAA